AUGAAGGCGAACGUUUUCACUCGCUGGGCUCUAGCCAGUGGCAUCCUUGCAACUUGUGUUUCAGCUGCGCAAAUCACCAAGAGCUUAUCCAAAAAUGCGCAAGACUUGUUCGACUAUUCUAUGCACGUGAAUGAUCUUCGAUUCGACGACUCAUAUAAACUCAUCUGGUAUGCCGACAAUGGCCCCUGGUCGACUCGAUUUACCGCAUGGUAUGUCGCGGGUCUGUUGUAUCGGAAUAAAGGCCAUGAUGUGGACAAUGCAAAGGCUGCUAUUGAAGCGAUAUUGGCAUGUCAGAUGACUGAGAGCUUCGACUCGGCAUGGUACGGUACUUUCAAGCUCUCCCCCGAUGAGCCAUAUCCCACUCCGGACUCCGAUCUGUAUCCUCCCAAGAUUUAUGACACAUAUGACCCAAACUGGAGAGAAUUCAUUGGAAGUCAGCUGGUCCAAGUUGUCGAAGAGUUCUCAGACCUUCUCGGAGACCAACUGGUGUCCCGCAUCGAAGACAGCCUAGAAUAUGCAGCGGUGGGAUCAAUGCGACGCAAUGGUUCAUAUCCAGAAGGCGACAACCUGACUCCGGCAUAUUCCAACCCAGCACUCAUGAGAGCUUGGUACGUCUCGUGGAUUGGUGCGCGACGACAUAACGAGACCUUUAUCAAGUACGCCAAUGAUCAAGCCGACGCCAUUCUGAACCUUUUCCAAUCCACAGGCUCAAAUGUGCUCCCCGAGUACAAUGCCCCGACCUACUAUGGAAUGGACGUCUGGGCGCUCGCGGGCGCCAUCAAGUACGCUCCGCGCAACGCAACCAUUGUUAAGAACUCCAAGACCAUGUUGACGGCAGUCUGGGCGGAUAUUGCUGCUCAUUACAAUCCGUACCUUUCUGUCAUGGCCGGCCCCUAUGACCGAGCAUAUACCCGCGACAUAGUCACUCAUUCUGCAGUCAUUGAUUAUUUCUGGUGGGCAUUGUAUGGGUAUGGCACGGGUCCUCAGCCCAACAAGAUGGAGACCGAUCUUCUGUACGACGUCGCGCAGGGAUCCGCUCUGGCUCUCGUCGUUGAUGUUGUCAAGUCGCACAUCUCUCCCUCGGACUCGACGUGGCUUCAAUCGAAGGGAGAAUGGACCGGCGAGCGCAUGAUCAGCAAGGAGAUCCCCGACGCACCUACUUUACACACCGAGCCCCGUACCGCAACCACCUGGAUCAGCUCCUCGCUUAUGAUCGGUGCAGAGAGCGUCAACGAGACCGUCAACCGCGGCGAACAAUAUGUGCCUGCUCUUGUUCAAUGGGCCGGUGACAGAGGCCACAAGCCUCAUCCCUACAUGACCUAUUUCAGCUUGUAUCCGACCGCAUCAACCAUUCAUGCCGUUGCUGGACCGAAUCAGCUGGAGAUUUCUUAUCCCAACACCACGCAGGAAGGAACGGAUAUCUUCACCUUUGUGCUGUCGCAAGUGCCUCCCAGCUGGACUCUGACGAAGAAAAACGUGGUGCGCGGGCUCGACGAAUUGCCGUGUCUGAACGCGAAGAUCAAUGCCACGGGGCUGGAGAAACAGCCUGUUGUUUACGGGUCGAGUACUCUCGGCGACAACCGGUUCUACAAUGUUUCCUAUGUUGUGCCUGCGGGCUUUGUGGGUACACCUAGUGUUUCGUUCCAGCUCAACUACACUUGUUAG